AGAAUAUGGCCUGCCAGUGGAAGGCGACGAGAUUAUCAUUCCACCAGGAAUGUGGAUCAUCGUGGAUACAGAUACCCCAAGCCUCGGCCGUGUUUAUGUUUAUGGCGGUUUGGAGUUUGAAGACUCGAGAGAUCAUGUCUUCACUGCUACCAUUAUUUUCCUGCAGGGUGGAACUCUGGUAGCCGGAUUUAGCGAAGAUGCCCCCUUCACGCAUACGCUCGACAUCGUCCUCAGAGGCACCACAGAUCCUAAUGAUCCAGACAAUGUUGACAUGCCCAUGCCCGAUGGCACACUCGACGUUGGAUGGAAGGCCAUGGGUGUAUUUGGACAACUGAUUCUUAACGGCCAAUGUCCUUCCACCACUUGGGUCAAACUCGGAGCCACCGCUGCCGUCGGGGAAACUGUAAUCACGCUUGCUGAAGCUGCCGACUCGUCAUGGCUCAAUAAAGAGGUAAUAAUUACUACUACCGGCAAGGAGGCUACCGAAACCGAAGUGCGGAUGGUCACUGCCGUAUCAGGCAACACUCUCACCCUUGAUGCUGCUCUCCUCUACGAACAUUUAGGCGAGACCCACACACUUUCUGAUGGAACUCAGUACAUAAUGGCUGGUGAGGUUGGCCUUCUCAGUCACAACAUCGUCAUCGAAGGCAGCGAUUAUGCAGGUCUGAAUGCAGAAGGAUUUGGGGGUCGCAUCCUCGUUUCCUCGUUGACUGCAGAAGGAGUCGAUUAUCAAGGAAUGGAGUAA